AUGUCAAAAGACAGUCGCAACGAUGGACGACGGCGUGGCGCUGGUCAACACCGACUCGGCCCUAGAAUUGGACAAGGGCAAGGCGGAGACGGGAGGGAGAGGUCUGGCAGCAACAGCUCUGGAUCCUCGCAUGGAGGAGGCAAAAGCAGGAAUACUCCCAUAACCGUUGCCUCGAAGGUAGCUAGCUCUAUUUUAAAGUUGUACUGUAUAAUAUACCAGCAAAGUAAUACCGCGUUUAGCCAGCCAACAAAAAUAAACCAAUUAGCUAAGGGUUUUAGACUGGGUUUCUGUAUAAGCACUUUGUGACAUCUGCUGAUGUAAAAAAGGCCUUUAUAAAUACAUUUGAUUGAUUAAUUGAUCGAGAGUUAGCUAACUUGGCUACUACUGUCGCUACUCUGGAGCGUUCUUUAUAUUGUCGCUAACUCGGCUCACCUGAAAAGCCACGGCUAUUUUUUACCUAGUUAGGCAACUAAAGUAGCUAAUGGUGUGUUGAAUUGCAGGCCAUUUUUGAUAGGGGUUUUAUUCCUUCUGUCCAAAGUAAAUGUUUUCUUGUGUCGUGAUGUUAAUUAUAGUUGCCGCAGAGCAUAGUUACAGAUGGAACAAUAAUACCGAUAUUUCACUGGAUGUGUGGCCGGCAGUGGGAGAAGAUGGAACGAGAUGGAUUUUUAUGGAGCCAUAUAGCUGCCAAAAGGUUGAACGUACAUAUUGUUAGGAUCUUAAGAAAAUCCAUAUGUAAAUCGUUAGGAUCAUAAGAAAAGCCAUGCGUGAAACAUAACUGUUAAAUUAGAUCUGCAAAUCUACAAACCCUAUGUUACAACUAUGAAUGAACAUUUACACGUUCAAUUCUUUCUUUAUGUCUCCCUUUACUCGGUUACAUAUCUUUUUUUUAUAUGUACAAACUUUUGUCAGGAAUGUGGCAUCUGCAAAGGACAUGAACUGAACGUAGCUAGUCGAAGUUAGCUAGUCAAUCAAGCAACUCUAGCCCAGAUGUUAGUUGCUUUGCAGCUUCUGGUUUCAUUUCCAAAAUAUUGGAUAUGUCCACGUCACCCAGAGAUAUGCCCAUGCUGUAGAGAUACACCUAGUGGACUGAAACUUCACUGUUGUAGGCAUAAUACAGUUAGUGCUAUCUAGACUAGUAAUAGAGAAUGGAGACUUAACUUGAAAACGUGCAGGAUACCUCUUUCCGGUUUCCCUGACUUCCAUUUUUUUAGUACUAGGUUAUGCUGGCGUAGCACUCCUCACAGGCCAUUUGGUGUACAAUUUUUUUGUUGGUGAGAUGAAACUGCCAAAACUCUGAAAGGUAUUAUUGUACGUCAGAAUUGCAGUACAAGAUUUGUUCAAGCCUAAAAUGUUAUUCCGUAAUCGUAACAUGGUGUUUGUAUGUUCACAGACGAAAUUUCACGUUUACGUUUCAUGCAUGGAUUUUCUUACGAUGCUAACGAUACGUACAUUCAACCUUUUGGCAGCUAUCUGGCUCCAUAGAUUUUGGCCGCCAUUCUGCUAAUUUUCUCAUUGAUUAAACAUUUGAUCUCAAUACAAUUUUAUUUUCCCAGAACUAGAAUCUGUUACGAACAGAGUGGACUAAGUUUUGUAGACUUUACCCUUUGCCAAAGCUUUUUAAAAAAUUGCGUUGUUUAGGAGUGCAAAGCCGAAUUGAGUUAUAGCACAAGUGCACAAAAUAGGAGGAAACUCUAAAGCACAAUAAGAGCCCUGGAGAAAUAUAACAUAAAUAUGCAAAUGUAUGCUAAAAUGCGCCAAUAGGAUCUCGCUAGCUCGUGCUUGGCUCUGCCCACCACCUUGCUUGUUCUGCCCACUAUGACUAAUUUGUUCCCAUUUGAAAUGACGGGCUGUGGUCUGUCUUGGUUUAGUUAUACUAAUCUUUGGUAUAAUAUUCGGUUCAUAUAGCUAUGAUUUGAUAUUGACUUACUAGCUACGUUAGAUCUUUUGUUUUGCUAACUAGCGUUAGCUAAACUUCGCUACAAAUUAGAGGGCAGCCUACUCUGAUGACUGAUCCCUUUAAUAUUUUGAAUGUAUAUAUUUACGAUGCCCUCACAAAGGAUUUAUUGGCAUGAAAACCUUUAGAAUUUGUAAGUAUUGGUUAUAGUCACAAAUGGCCUGCCAAAACACAGUGAUGAAAUGCUUUGUCAACAUGUGGCAAUACGUUGUCAGCUGUCAAAAUUAGUUGAUAAAAUUAAAACAGUCCAAAUCUUCACUUUGUGGUGUUAUGUCAGUCAUUAGGAAAAACAAUAAUUCACUGGAGCUGUGGAUGGAUGUUCUUUCUAAAGAUGGGUGUGCUCAGGUUAUUGCUCAGACAAAAAGUAAACAUUCUUAAUAGUUCCAGUUCAGCCUUUCUUUCAUUGCUAAAGACACCAAAGGGUUGAUUCUUUUUUUUGUCGUUGUGUUGUUUUCCAGAAGAAUCUCUGCUCACACUAAAUAUCUUGCUGCAUACCUCAUAUGCUAGUAGCAAAGCUUAUUUUGAAACUGUUACUCAUUUGGCACAGUUGCAGGUGGAACAUGUGGGUUUGUGUUUGUCCUCCAGCUUUGUAUGAUGAAUUGCAGGCAGACCAUGUGGGUUUGUGUUUGUCCUCCAGCUUUGUAUGAUUAAUUGCAGGCAGACCAUGUGGGUUUGUGUUUGUUCUCCAGCCUUGUAUGAUUUAUCCACUGCCAAGUCCAAUCGGAUGCUGCUGAGCCUCAGCCUCUCUGGCUAAUGCAGGCUUACAUUAGCACACUCCUUGGGCCUGCAGCUACACUCAUUACUGGCAGUGGAGGACGGGGGCUGAGGGGCAGGCCUGCUGUGUGCGUGCACAUGACUGCACAGUGCUGAGGGGGAGAGAGGGGGCUGCGAUGCAGUGCUGUGAGAGGAGCUGUAAACACAGGAAGCAGUGCAGAGGAAAGGAGAGGAGAGGAGAGCCGGGUGGGUGGCAGGAAGGCAUACGCGCAGCAGCAGUGGUCGGCAGCACGGGCCCGGGGGCUGGCUGCUAGCUCAGCACAGUGCUCAGAGCUCAGCCCUGAUUACAAACAGAGCAGAAAGGAUUGACAGCCAGCUAAGCACCUGGCUCUCUCAAUCGCCAUUGGUGGUGAAGUUGACACAGCUGGGCAAGUUGCUAUAGCAGUGCAAGCGACACACUGUCUAUUUUGAUCCUACUGUCAGAUGACGAUAUCACCUAGCACAAGUGGCAAUGCCGGCAAGGGGAAACAGGUUGGCUGAAGUGGGCUGCAAAAGUAUGUCAGGUGUGGAUAAGGAUGAAGAACCUGCUUACAGACUCUACUUCUAUUCUGUAUGUAUCUUCUAAUCCAUCUCGUUCUCUCUCUCCUCACUCUCUCACUCUUUCAGCAUGCAUCUGUUUGUAAACCUGCUGUUUUAAAGGGAAACUCUUUUUAAAACUACACCUGGCUUUUUCCUGUGUGCAUGUAGAGGCUCAGUCUGUAAACGAGUUGGCAUAACAAGACUGUGUAUUCUCCGCCUUAAAUGUAGAAGUGCUCCAAAAAAAACCUGCACUGUCUUCCAUAGGCAAGGCCAGGUGGCAGGUUGCAGCAGCUGAUUAAGUGGAUCAGGAGAGCCUUUCCGUAAGCCUUGCCUACCUCAGGCUGUACAGCUAGCAGUCAGUCAAGAUGGGCUUCCCUUCAUGUCAAGAGUCAUCUGUCAUAAGAUGGCUGCCAAGCCUAUGAAACAGUGUUAAUAUUUACUGUCAGCCGGGCGAAGGGUUUGCUAUGAUGGUAACCUAGCUUGCUAUUUGUUCAUUUCAGUGGGGUUUGGCUACUCUGUUUGAUGUGCAGCCUAGGGAUGUUGGUGCUUGAUCCUAUUGUCCUUAUGCUUUUCUGGUAAGAGAAUGAAGCUGGGCAUUUCCAUCUAAAAGGACCCAUGAGCACCAACAUGAACAGUUCAUAGAAGCAUGUCAAAUUGGGAUUCAAAUGAAAGCUAAGAGUGUAGGCUUGGGUGGUAUACCGUAUACCGGGGUAUUUUGAAAUGACCAUGAGAUGGUUUCUCAAUGCUGUCGGAAAUAUUUAUUUUAAGUUUUUCAAUACAUUUGUAUAUUUGUAGCUACUUUUUAAGUAAAUACCUGCAGUCAACUUGUGCAAUACGUUUAGGAGAUAAAGCAGAUCACGUUCUAUAUUUACAUUUUAGUCAUUUAGCAGACGCUCUUAUCCAGAGCGACUUACAGUUAGUGAGUGCAUACAUUUUUCACCUGUCACAUUGUUUUUACAUUAUGAAGCUUCCGUAGUUUCCCAGAACAGUUGAGCCAUUCAUGUGUUUGUUUGUAAAUAGCACAACGGGAGAAAGUGGGAGCAAAUCAAAUUUUAUUUGUCACAUGCGCCGAAUACAACAGGUGUAGACCUUAUCGUGAUAUGCUUACUUACAAGCCCUUAACCAACAAUGCAAUUUUAAGAAAAUCUGAGUUAAAGUAUUUACUAAAUAAACUAAAGUUAAAAAAGUAACACAAUAAAAUAACAAUAACGAGGCUAUAUACAUGGGGUACUGGUACAGAGUCAAUGUGCGGGGCUACAGGUUAGUUUAGGUAAUUGAGGUAAUAUGUACAUGUAGGUAGGGGUAAAGUGACUAGGGGGUCAAUGAAAAUAGUCCAGGUAGCCAUUUGAUUAAUUGUUCAGCAGUCUUAUGGCUUGUAGGGUAGAAGCUGUUAAGCCAUUUUUUGGACCUAGACUUGGUGCUCCGGUACCGCUUGCAAUGCGGUAGCAGAGAGAGCAGUCUAUGACUUGGGUGGCUGGAGUCUUUGACAAUUUUUUGGGCCUUACUCUUACACCGCCUAGUAUAGAGGUCCUGUAUGGCAGGAAGCUUGGCCCAAGUGAUGUACUGGGCCAUACACUCUACCCUCUGUAGCACCUUGCAGUCAGAUGCCGAGCAGUUGCCAUACCAGGCGGUGAUGCAACCGGUCAGGAUGCUCUCGAUGGUGCAGCUGUAUAACUUUUUGAGGAUCUGAGGACCCAUGCCAAAUCUUUUCAGUCUCCUGAGGGGGAGUAGGCAUUGUCGUGCCCUCUUCACAACUUUCUUGGUGUGUUUGGACCAUGAUAGUUUGUUGAUGAUGUGGACACCAAGGAACUUGAAGCUCUCAACCCACUCGACUACAGCCCGUCGAUGUGAAUGAGGGCGUCAUCCCUCCUUUUCCUGUAGUCCACGAUCAGCUCCUUUGUCUUGCUCACGUUGAGGGAGAGGUUGUUUUCCAGGUCUCUGACCUCCUCCAUAUAGCUUAGUGAUGAGCUUUGUGGGCACUAUGGUGUUUAACGCUGAGCUGUAGUCAAUGAACAGCAUUCUCACAUAGGUGUUCCUUUUGUCCAGGUGGGAAAGGGCGGUGUGGAGUGCAAUUGAGAUUGCGUCAUAUGUGGAUCUGUUGGGGCGGUAUGCGAAUUGGAGUGGUUCUAGGGUUUCCGGGAUGAUGGUGUUGUGAGCCAUGACCAGCCUUUCAAAGUACUUUAUGGCUGAGUGCUACGGGGCAGUACCUUGGCGUUCUUGAAACAUGUAGGUAUUACAGACUCGGUCAGGGAGAGGUUGAACAUGUCAGUGAAGACACUUGCCAGUUGGUCCACGUAUGCUCGGAGUACACGUCCUGUUAAUUUGUCUGGCUCCGCAGCCUUUUGAAUGCUGACCUGUUGAAAGGUCUUACUCACAUCGUCUACAGGGAGCGAGAUCACACAGUCGUCCGGAACAGCUGGUGCUCUCAUGUAUACUUCAGUGUUGCUUGCCUCGAAGCGAGCAUUAAAGGCAUUUAGCCCGUCUGGUAGGCUCGCUUCACUGGGCAGCUCAUUGCUUGGUUUCCCUUUGUAGUCCGUAAUAGUUUGCAAGCCCUGCCGACGAGCAUCAGAGCUGGUGUAGUAGGAUUCAGUCUUAGUCCUGUAUUGACACUUUGCCAGUUUGAUGGUUCAACUGAGGGCAUAGCGGGAUUUCUUAUAAGCAUCCGGAUUAGUGUCCCGCUCCUUGAAAGCAGCAGCUCUAGCCUUUAGCUCGGUGUGGAUAUUGCCUGUAAUCCAUGGCUUCUGGUUGGGAUAUGUACGUAUGGUCACUAUGGGGAUGACAUCAUCAAUGCACUUAUUGAUGAAGCCGGGGACUGAGGUGGUAUACUCCUCAAUGCUAUCGGAUGAAUCACGGAACAUAUUCCAGUCUGUGCAAGAAAAACAGUCCUGUAGCUUAGCAUCCGCGUCAUCUGACCGCUUCCGUAUUGAGCGAGUCACUGGUACUUCUUGCUUUCGUUUUUGCUUUUAAGCAUGAAUCAGGAGAAUAGAAUUAUGGUCAGAUUUGCCAAAUGGAGGGAGAGCAUUGUACGCGUCUCUGUGUGUGGAGUAAAGGUGGCCUAGAGUUGUUUUUUUUCUCCUCUGGUUGCACGUGACAUGCUUGUAGAAAUUAGGUAAAACAGAUUUAAGUUUUCCUGCAGUAGAGUCCCUGGCCACUAGGAGCGCCGCUUCUGGAUGAGUAUUUUCUUGUUUGCUUAUGGCCUUAGUGCGGUCUUAGUGCCAGCAUCGGUUUGUGGGGGUAAAUAGACAGCUACAAAAAUAUAGAUAAACUCUCUUGGUAAAUAGUGUGGUCUACAGCUUAUCAUGAGGUACUCUACCUCAGGCGAGCAAAACCUCAAGACUUUCAUAUUAGAGAUCGCGCACCAGCUGUUAUUGACAAAUGGACACAGACCACCACCCCUCGUCUUACCGGGGUAGUUGUUCUGUCUUGCCAAACUGAAUAUUAUCCAUGUCAUCAUUCAGCCACUACUCAGUGAAACAUAAGAUAUUACAGUUUUUAAUAUCCCGUUGGUAGAAUAGUCUUGACCGGAGCUCAUCCAGUUUAUUCUCCAGUGAUUGCACGUUGGCUAAUAGGACGGAUGGUAGAGGCGGGUUACCCAUUCGCCGACGAAUUCUCACAAGGCACUCGGAUCUGCGGCCCCUGAAUCGCCGUCUCCUCUUCAUGCGAAUGAUGGGUAUUUGGGCCUGGUCCGGGAGCAGCAUUAUAUCCUUUGCUUCAUAUUCAUGAAAGAAAAAUCUUUGUCCAGUUCGAGGUGAGUAAUUGCUGUUCUGAUAUCCAGAAACUCUUUUCCGUCAUAAGAGACGGUAGCAGAAACAUUAUGUACAAAAUAAGUUACAAACAAUGCGAAAAACACACAAAAUAGCACAAUUGGUUAGGAGCCCGUAAAACGGCAGCCAUCCCCUCCGGCGCUAUUACCAAGUGAGUCCAGCUGUGUUUUGACAGGGGUCGCAUUUUAUAUUUAAGGUCGUGUUUUUAUUGCUUAAAUAGAGUGAUCAGGGUCAUUCAACAAAAAUAACUUAGUGCAACACAUUUGGCAGAAAAUGCCUUCAUUUUCAUCAGAUGACAACAGAAGUGAAAUGCUAUUUGGCUGGCAGCCACACAAGUAAAUGAGUUUGAAUGAAAAAGAAAGGUAUUUUUUGCAAAAAACGAUGCAUGGCCAUCAUAUUUCUAAUGUUUAUCAUAGAAAGAAUGUAGCCAGCUAAAUGUCCUAAUGUUUUGCUUGCAUUUUACCAGUGAAAAGUAGGAAAGACGUUGUUGUCAGUGAUGUCUGGUGAGGACCUGCCUUACAACAGGCCUACAAGCCCUCAGUCCAGCCUCGCUCAGCCUAUUGCGGACAGUCUGAGCACUGAUGGAGGGAUUGUGUGUUCCUGGUGUAACUCGGGCAGUUGUUGUUGCCGUCCUGUACCUGUCCCGCAGGUGUGAUGUUCCGAUGUACUGAUCCUGUGCUGGUGGUGUUACACGUGGUCUGCCACUGCGAGAACGAUCAGCUGUCUGUCCUGUCUCCCUGUAGCGCUGUCUUAGGCGUAUCACAGUACAGACAUUGCAAUUUAUUGCCCUGGCCACAUCUGCAGUCCUCAUGCCUCCUUGCAGCAUGCCUAAGGCACGUUCACGCAGAUGAGCAGGGACCCUGGGCAUCUUUCUUUUGGUGUUUUUCAGAUCAGUAGAAAGGCCUCUUUAGUGUUUUCAUAACUGUGACCUUAAUUGCCUACCGUCUGUAAGCUGUUAGUGUCUUAACGAUCGUUCCACAGGUGCAUGUUCAUUAAUUGUUUAUGGUUCAUUGAACAAGCAUGGGAAACAGUGUUUAAACCCUUUACAAUGAAGAUCUGUGAAGUUAUUUGGAUUUCUACUAAUUAUCUUUGAAAGACAGGGUCCUGAAAAAGGGACGUUUCUUUUUUUGCUGAGUUUAUAUACAGUACCAGUCAAAAGUUUGGACACACCUACUCAUUCAAGGGUUUUUCUUAAUUUUUACUAUUUUUUACAUUGUAGAAUAAUAGUGAAGACAUCAAAACUAUGAAAUAACACAAAUGUAAUCAUGUAGUAAACAAAAGUGUUAAACAAAUGAAAAUAUAUUUUAUAUUUGAGAUUCUUCAAAUAGCCACCCUUUGCCUUGAUGACAGCUUUGCACACGCUUGGCAUUCUCUCAACCAGCUUCACCUGGAAUGCUUUUCCAACAGUCUUGAAGGAGUUCCCACAUAAGCUGAGCACUUGUUGGCUGCUUUUCCUUCACUCUGCGGUCCGACUCAUCCCAAACCAUCUCAAUUGGGUUGAGGUCGGGGGAUUGUGGAGGCCAGGUCAUCUGAUGCAGCACUCCAUCACUCUCCUUCUUGGUAAAAUAGCCCUUAUACAGCCUGGAGGUGUGCUGGGUCAUUGUCCUCUUGAAAAGCAAAUGAUAGUCCCACUAAGCCCAAACCAGAUGGGAUGGCGUAUCGCUGCAGAAUGCUGUGGUAGCCAUGCUGGUUAAGUGUGCCUUGAAUUCUAAAUAAAUCACAGACAGUGUCACCAGCACCAUAACACCUUCUCCUCCAUGCUUUACGGUGGGAACUACACAUGCGGAGAUCAUCCGUUCACCUACUCUGUGUCUCACAAAGACACGGGGGUUGGAACCAAAAAUCUCAAAUUUGGACUCCAGACCAGUGGAAAGAUUUCAACCGGUCUAAUGUCCAUUGCUCGUGUUUCUUGGCCCAAGCAAGUCUCUUCUUCUUAUUGGUGUCCUUUAGUAGUGGUUUCUUUGCAGCAAUUUGACCAUGAAGUCCUGAUUCACACAGUCUCCUCUGAACAGUUGAUGUUGAGAUGUGUCUGUUACUUGAACUCUGUGAAGCAUUUAUUUGGCCUGCAAUUUCUGAGGCUGGUAACUCUCUAAUGAACUUAUCCUCUGCAGCAGAGGUAACUCUGGGUCUUCCUUUCCUGUGACGGUCCUCAUGAGAGCCAGUUUCAUCAUAGCGCUUGAGGGUUUUUGCGACUGCACUUGAAGAAACUUUCAAAGUUCUUGAAAUGUUCCGUAUUGACUGACCUUCAUGUCUUAAAGUAAUGAUUGACUGUCGUUUCUCUUUGCUUAUUUGAGCUGUUCUUGCCAUAAUAUGGACUUGGUCUUUUACCAAAUAGGGCUAUCUUCUGUAUACCCCCCCUACCUUGUCACAACACAACUGAUUGGCUCAAACGCAUUAAGAAGGAAAGAAAUUCCACAAAUUCACUUUUAACAAGGCACCUGUUAAAUGAAAUGCAUUCCAGGUGACUACCUCAUGAAGCUGGUUGAGAGAAUACCAAGAGUGUGCAAAGCUGUCGUCAAGGCAAAGGGUGGCUACUUUGAAGAAUCUCUAGCCUAUAUGUGGGGCAACCAUGCUGCAUAAACAUUUCCAUCUACUGUACAGAGCACCAGCUUUUAUCCACAGCUUGUUGUCAGUGUUAUAAACUCGCUCAUGUGUAGUUAGGAUUUGGUAUCAUUUGACGUGAUCCCCAUUUUGUCUGCAGGCAUCCUUUCAGCGCUCAAACAGCCAUGACAAGGUGAGGAAGAUUGUUGCAGAGGAGGGCCGUGCUGCUAGAAAUCUCAUUGCCUGGAGUGUUCCUCUGGAGAACAAAGAGGAGGAAGGUCAGUGAUGUAAAAAUACAUACACACACACACACACACACACACACAGAGGCACACUCACAUGCUAAAAUGGGGCUUACAAUACUGUGUCAAAUUAAUGACUGUCUUUAUGUACACAGGUGCUUGUGUUUCUUCAAAGUAGAUUCCAUUGUGUUUUUCGCCAGAUACAUUUUUUGUUAUCUUGGUGGGUAUAGAAAUGGUUGGAUGGGCAAACUCCAAUGUUUCACCUCCAGUGGCAGGAGCUGAUGUUGACUUAUAGUGCAUGAAUCAGAGGGCAUUGGGGUGACGAAAGGUCACGAGUCCAGACACUGCUCUUAGCUGUAAUACAAUAUCUACCUUAACAAAAUGACAUCCUUUGAUUCACCUCUCUGUUAUUCUGUCCAUUGGCCCUACAUCUAUACUACCCCUCACUGAGACGACUAGAUAGACUAGAGAUUGCCUUCCCUCUUGUAUACCCUCUCAAAUAUAUAGAAAUAUAACUUUGCAUUAGGGAUUCCAACUAUUAAGUUAAACGGGUGUCAAGAUGAACACUGAUAAUAUGUGUCAGUUCAUUAGUCCCUCAUCAGAUUAAACAUAUCAUUAUGACUCAGAUUUAAUUAACUUCACACCCACUUACUAGGCAGAAGAGUGGGGAAGUUAUUAAUUGGUUGACGGAAAACAAUCAGUUUGCUAGCUUUUAAACAACAUGAUUGAUUAUGAUUAGGAACACGCAUCAAUUAACCCAGUUAGUCCUUUGAAUGAACAAAGGCAGAAUAUUUCAUAACUGGCUAGAUAGGUUCUGCAAUGGGUAGCUCUAAAAUAAACAAGAAAUAUGUUUAAUCUGUGAUACCAAUAACCUGCUCUUGCUCACAGCUUUGCGGUCAUUGUAACAGGGUUGUUUUUCCACAGUAUUUGGGCAUGCUGCCAAAGUAAGCUCCUUUGGCCUACUCUGAGAAUGUUGGGCAGAGAACAGCGUGAGAGAGAGCGGGAGAGAGAGCGCUCUUUCUCUUUUUUCUUGCAGGGCUUUGUGACAGGCCUGUAUUAUAUAAGGUGUGUGUGUAUUAGGUUCUGCACUUUGAUGUUUAGUUCCUCCCUCAGGCCAUAUUUCAUCUUUGGCAAAACAAAGGGUGACCAGAUCAAUGUAAAAGCCAUGUGUGUAUUUCAGAACUAAAUGUUUUUUUUGUGUGUUUCUUUUAAAGGUAAGUCCAAGACUCAUACCAACACCCAUUUGAGGAAUCAGCGGAUCAACUCUGGUCUGCACAGGAAUAAGAAACAGGUGUGCAUAACAUAUUGUCAACUCUUAAACCAAUGGGGAUAGAGGCCAGUAUUAGCCCACAUAUUGUAAUUUUGCCACUAUUUAUGAAAUACCGUAGUAAAAACUAAAGAUGUGUGAAAUGGUUUGCUCACUGCUAUUUAUUCACCUGUACCGCUAGAGGGCGUUGUAGACCUAGUUACAUCCUAUUCUUUGUCUCAAGUCUCCCCUCCUGCUGUCUCCACAGAAUACAGGCCUGGACAGCAAGAGUACAGCCGGGGCCUUGCUGGACAAGGGAGCAGAGAAGAGCCCCUCCAAAGCAAGGCAGCCACGCAAGGUGGACCUGCGAGCACGAUACUGGGCCUUCCUCUUCGACAACCUGCGGCGGGCCGUGGACGAGAUCUAUGUCACCUGUGAAUCUGACCAGAGUGUGGUGGAGUGCAAGGUAGGGAACCAACAGACUGUCACCCAACACCUCCUGUCAAAUGUUAAAGUCUAGCUACUUCAACAGGGUCCUUCUCAACAAGCUCACUGACUAGAUAAAUACACUGCUCAAAAAAAUAAAGGGAACACUAAAAUAACACAUCCUAGAUCUGAAUGAAUGAAAUAAUCUUAUUAAAUACUUUUUUCUUUACAUAGUUGAAUGUGCUGACAACAAAAUCACACACAAAUUAUCAAUGGAAAUCAAAUGUAUCAACCCAUGGAGGUCUGGAUUUGGAGUCACACUCAAAAUUAAAGUGAAAACCACACUACAGGCUGAUCCAACUUUGAUGUAAUGUCCUUAAAACAAGUCAAAAUGAGUCUCAGUAGUGUGUGUGGCCUCCACGUGCCUGUAUGACCUACAAUGCCUGGGCGUGCUCCUGAUGAGGUGGCGGAUGGUCUCCUGAGGGAUCUCCUCCCAGACCUGGACUAAAGCAUCCGCCAACUCCUGGACAGUCUGUGGUGCAACGUGGCGUUGGUGGAUGGAGCGAGACAUGAUGUCCCAGAUGUGCUCAAUUGGAUUCAGGUCUGGGGAACGGGCGGGCGAGUCCAUAGCAUCAAUGCCUUCCUCUUGCAGGAACUGCUGACACACUCCAGCCACAUGAGGUCUAGCAUUGUCUUGCAUUAGGAGGAACCCAGGGCCAACCGCACCAGCAUAUGGUCUCUGGCACCCCAAUGGUGGAACAAGCUCCCUCACGACGCCAGGACAGCGGAGUCACUCACCACCUUCCGGAGACACUUGAAACUCCACCUCUUUAAAGAAUACCUGGGAUAGGAUAAAGUAAUCCUUCUACCCCCCCUUACCCCACCCUCCCCCAAAAAAUAAAUAAUGUUUUGUAAAGUGGUUAUCCCACUGGCUAUAAGGUGAAUGCACCAAUUUGUAAGUCGCUCUGGAUAAGAGCGUCUGCUAAAUGACGUAAAUGUCUCACAAGGGGUCUGAGGAUCUCAUCUCGGUACCUAAUGGCAGUCAGGCUUCCUCUGGCGAGCACAUGGAGGGCUGUGCGGCCCCCCAAAGAAAUGCCACCCCACACCAUGACUGACCCACCGCCAAACCGGUCAUGCUGGAGGAUGUUGCAGGCAGCAGAACGUUCUCCACGGCGUCUCCAGACUGUCACGUCUGUCACAUGUGCUCAGUGUGAACCUGCUUUCAUCUGUGAAGAGCACAGGGCGCCAGUGGCGAAUUUGCCAAUCUUGGUGUUCUCUGGCAAAUGCCAAACGUCCUGCACGGUGUUGGGCUGUAAGCACAACCCCCACCUGUGGACGUCAGGCCCUCAUACCACCCUCAUGGAGUCUGUUUCUGACCGUUUGAGCAGACACAUGCACAUUUGUGGCCUGCUGGAGGUCAUUUUGCAGGGCUCUGGCAGUGCUCCUCCUGCUCCUCCUUGCACAAAGGCGGAGGUAGCGGUCCUGGUGGGUUGUUGCCCUCCUACGGCCUCCUCCACGUCUCCUGAUGUACUGGCCUGUCUCCUGGUAGCGCCUCCAUGCUCUGGACACUACGCUGACAGACACAGCAAACCUUCUUGCCACAGCUCGCAUUGAUGUGCCAUCCUGGAUGAGCUGCACUACCUGAGCCACUUGUGUGGGUUGUAGACUCCGUCUCAUGCUACCACUAGAGUGAAAGCACCGCCAGCAUUCAAAAGUGACCAAAACAUCAGCCAGGAAGCAUAGGAACUGAGAAGUGGUCUGUGGUCACCACCUGCAGAACCACUCCUUUAUUGGUGGUGUCUUGCUAAUUGCCUAUAAUUUCCACCUGUUGUCUAUUCCAUUUGCACAACAGCAUGUGAAAUGUAUUGUCAAUCAGUGUUGCUUCCUAAGUGGACAGUUUGAGUUCACAGAAGUGUGGUUGACUUGGAGUUACAUUGUGUUGUUUAAGUGUUCCCUUUAUUUUUUUGAGCAGUGUAUUAGUAGUUUGAGGCACUGCAGAGCACCACACUUCAUCAACACUAGAGGGAGAUAUUGAGUUGUUAAAGGAGGCUCUCCCUCUCUCACAUUCCUGUUGUUCUCUGGUUAUCGUCAGAGGGGCCUUUGAAGGCUUGCUGGUGAGAGAAUUAUCACAGGGCACUCUCCUGGGUCUGGCUGGAGGGAGUGGAUAUUGAUGACAUGGUGUAAACAGUGUGGAUGUGUGCCGUGUGGUUUUCGAGGGUUGUGCUAGUGGGCUUGGCAUGGAGGCCAGGCUGGCCGACUGGAAGGGAAACAGUGCCGGAGUCUCUGUUUGGGGCAGCAAUGAAUGUGAAGUUCUGUGAACUCAACAACUGAAAGGAUAGGCUACUGCUAGCACACAAUAAGGAUAUUGGGAUUUGUUAUGAAAUUAUUGCUGCUUACAACUGAGGAGUUUCAUUCCAAAACACUAUAUAUACAUUUUCAGAAAUGAUGGUAAAUUAGCUUUUAUUAUUUAAAGAAAUUAUGAAAGAGAUUGGUGUGUUUUUUUCACUAUCUAAUCACGACAUGGGGUUGUUCAAUGUGUUUGUUUAAAAUCUAUCACUUGGUGGUUUCAUUUCAGAGAGACAAUUACGUUUGUUUUUAGCAAAAUGCUAUAUAUCUGCCUCACUCUGAGAAAGUAGUAGUAUUGCUAGGUUUUACAGUCAAAUGUAACAAAACUACAUUUUAUAAUCAAGAAAUAUACAAAUGAUACAUUUGUGACAUCUAUAUCUAUAUCUAUAUAUAUAUAUAUAUAUAUAUAUAUAUAUAUAUAUAUAUAUAUAUAUAUAUAUAUAUAUAUAUAUAUAUAUAUAAUUCAAUACAAUAAAAUCAGAUCUAUAUGUAAAACAUUUCCAUUUGACAUUUUAGGCAUUUAGCAGAUUCUCUUAUCUAGAGUGACUUAUUAAUUUUAAGAUGGCUAGGUGAGACAACCACAUAUCACAGUCAAAUAUACAGGAUACAAACAUUCCAUUCCAGCUAAACAAUGGAUAUAUAGCAUUUAACAAAAUAACACAUUUUCAUACACAUCUAAAAUCUAUGAAUAAAACAUCUUAGAACAGUAAUAUUUUACAAACACAUGAAGGUAGCCCCAUAAGCAAUCUUUUCUGAUGAAAAAACCCAAAUGUGAAAUAUUGGUGGCUAUAACGUUUUGGAAAUAACCUCUGCAACUGUUAUCUGUUAUCAGUGGUGUACUUGUACACCAGGCAUGGUAGGUUGUUGUGUGUCACUGCAGCAGCACACUAAUACCCUUGUUUACUAGGCAGGGCCAGUAGUGUAAUACUGCUUCAGGGCUGUCCUGCCAUGUUGAUCUGGGUCUACUCUGCUCUGCUGUAUUGAUGAGUCUGCCAUGCUGCAUUAUGCUGAGCAUGGUUGUGGUGACCGCGUGUGGUCAGUGCUGGAACACGCUGCCCCUGCCUGUGGUCUUCAUGCUGACAGUGGGGCUGUGUGAGAUGUAGUCUGGCUGCUGUGUUGUGUUCUCACCCCAGUGUAGUCUAAUGCUCUGGGCUGGACUAUCCCUGUCAGUGCCAGCCAGCCUCAGCCUGGCCCUAAUGGACUGACUGACUCUCUGAUAAAUGAUUGAAUUAGCUGGAGGGGAAGCAGAGUGCUCUGAUACCACCCGGCCACAAUCCCCUGGAGCGGUGUAAAUCUGCACUUUGUGCUCUCACACAAACAGGCCCACUGCGCUGGUCUGGUGACGCGACAUCACUUUGUACUCAGGCCUAUAGACUAGUUUUAGAUAUUUAGAACUGUGAGGAGAUUUUGAUUGUGUGCUUCUGUUUUUUUGAAUGAGACUAACAGACAAACAGAUACAGUUCAGCCCUUACUUCAUCAACACUGUUUCUUCCUGUGUGGUUCCCCCCAAGCCCCAGCCAGGAGAGCCAUCCCAUGCAGCAAUCUGAUUUAUGCUUGUAUAUUAAUAACGCCCACAUCUCUUUAACCCACAGCCCCCAAUUCUAAUGAGUUAUUUCUUAUAAACCAUUUGUUCCGUCUGGGCCCUGAUUUAUGCCACAUCAUACUAUGCUACCAUGCAGGGAAGGAGAGCUACAGUAGAAGGGAUCUACUGCAGCAUAAAUUAUGACAUUGGAGAAACUUCAAGGCAAAAACAGACAUGAUUGGCACAUAAUAUAUUGUCAGAAACUAAAAGUGAAAUUGGAUUAGCUUUCACUCAAGUAAAUGUUUUAGCAUUUCAUUGUUACUGGAGUGACCAUGUUUUUACUGUUCAUCAGGCUUCAUAUGGCCUCUAGCAGGUUUAGACUUUUAUGCAGUCCUCAGGAAAUCUUAAGUACUUCUAUUUAGGUGAGUAGUAUUUGUCGGCAAGUGUGUUGGUUUGUGUCGUGAACAUGAUUUUCAGUGCCUUCACUCAGUGUCACACUAGGCAGUGCCUCCCUCUGUCCUCAGCUGUUGCAGCCUUCAUUAUCAAAUGAAACCAGCGCAGCAGCAGAGGGCCUGGCUGGGGGCUGUUAACUAGCUCUAAUCAGCAGGCCUGCUGCUGGACACAUCUUUCACUGGGCUGACUUCUCUAUUAACUAAAAGCACCAAUUACCACUCCCCCCCCCCCCCCCCCCCCCCCCCCCCACACACACUCCCCGUCAAUCACCAACGCCUGUUUCACCAGAGCUCUGCCUGGGCUGACUGCUGAGGAGGGGACAGACAGGCUAAAGUCUUCACAAGCCAGUAUGUCCCCUCUGUCGGUUUCACUAGAGCGCUGGGCUGAGGAGAGGACCGGCUCUAGCCUUCACAACUCACUAUGUCCCCUCUCAGUGAGAAACAAACAUGAACCUCAUCUCUAACAGCUAGGCUAGUGCACAUACAUUGUGAUUUGUUUUAUUUGACAAUGUCAGAUGACCUAUAAUAAUUAAAAAAUUUGACUCAUUAUGUAGCCUACCAGUUUGACUGAGUUCCUAGAUUUUGCAUUUCGAUAGCCACUUUCACAGAGGAUGGGAAAUGAACAGUGGUUAGAGUUGUUCUAGCUCCUAGGCUCUGAGAUUGGGUAUCAGAUGGACAAUAGGUGGCGUCACCAGACUCUCCCUGUGCCAGUAGCAAGAAAUGAUUACAAGCCAAUUAAAUUUGUCUUGGCCCCUCUGGUAAUGUCAUUGGUAAUUUCAGCCCCACCUCUUGUGGUGGAUCAGUGGUGCAGGGAGAAGUAUUUUUACUGAGAUGUUUUUGUCCUCCAUUGUCAUGGGGCUGAAUAGAAGGGCCUCUUACCUGUGUGGGUGAGAUAUGCUCUACUGACUGUGACUGGGCCUGGCCCAGAUGCCCGCUCCUCUAUGUGUUAUAGAGGUCCUGGGGGGGUUGGGUUACUGGAGUCCCAGAGUGCUGUGAGAUUGGAGCUGGAUAGAGCCUCUGAGGUUCUCCACAAAUAGAGACAAUACACAGGGGGCAGAGAUCUGUACCACUUGUCCCUCACUAUGGCUGUUUCCAAAGUUAACCUAUUACAAGAACAGUCUGAACUGAAUUUCAAAUCAUAAUCUCUAAGACAAAGUAGUUUCUCAUUGUACUGAUAUUAUAUGUGGAUGAUUGCAGGGGUAGUCAAGCGCCUAAACAAUCUGAGGGGGCACAAGGUACGGUGAGGAUGUUUGGGGGGGGGGGGUCCAGAGGGGGGGCUCGGCCCCUAGUCCGUAAGUUGGAUCAUUUUGAAUUUUUCAAACACCUGAAACCGCUUUUUCCUGCUAUCUAGAGCCAUAAUCAUUAUGCUUAAUUCCAUGUAAAAUAUAUGUAUAUUUUUCUGCAUACCUAAGCAUACCUCUUGAGCUGUCUUUAUCCUCCUGACUGGUGGUUCUUUUUAAAAACAAAACAAAGUAUGCUUCUCUGCUAAAUUCUGGGUAAAAGAUUUAAAGGAAUGUGAGUCUUAUUCAGUACAUUUAGUAAUUGCUUGCUUUUCUAAAUUCCAGCUAACAUGGUUAAGAUAGCUACUCUAACUUGAUUAACAGCCUGAAAUGGCUUCUUGGUAGCUAGGCUAGUUAUAAGGUUGGGAGAUCGGGAACCAGUCUGGGCUAGCUAAAGCAAACUUCAUAAAAUUGACAAAUGGCUAGUAGUAUUACAGAAGAAGAAAAAAUGAAAAAUCUGAGGGGGCAAGUACCCCUGUGCCCCUUAUGGAUGUUUGUGUGAUUGAUGAUGGCUACACUGAGAUGCUCCUGUGUCUGUCUGAAAGGUGUUUGUCUUUAUUUAAGGAGGUGCUGAUGAUGUUGGACAACUAUGUGCGGGACUUUAAAGCUCUCAUUGACUGGAUCCAGCUGCAGGAGAAGUUGGAGAAAACAGAUGCCCAGAACAGGUGAUUGAUCUAUGCCUUGUCUCUCUCUCUCUCUCUCUCUCUCUCGCUCGCUCGCUUCCUCUCUCUCGCUCUCUCUCGUUUUCCAUUAGCGCCGGCUGUCGUAGGGCUGGGUGAUAUCGAAUUAAUUUGAUUCAUUAAAAUGUAUGUCUUUGCAAGAUAUUCCAAAUGCCUGUAUCGCAAGAAUCUAGAUAUUAUUUUAGAUUUUUUUUAUGAGCGUUUAUGUCCGCUUGUUCACGUGUUGUAUUGUUGGUCUCAUCUCUUUCGCUCCUUCUGUGCUGUGUGCACCUCCCCAUUUACACCAGCGAUCUGUAUAUAAUGAAGAGAUGCACGUCUCCGCCCUAACAAUGGGAGUCGUUGUCCCAAAGACGGGAAGGCAAGCGACAAGCUUAGGUACAAAAUAAACCCAUAGAAACACAUUGGGCUUAUGUUGGAUCGUUUGUAUUGAGAGUGAAACCUCUCGCUUCGCCUCUUCCUCUCUGGUUUAUACACACCAAGCCCCUCCCCACGCCAACAAAGUUGAGAGAUCACAUGGACACCAAAACACAUUGAGACAUUAUUUUACUGUAAUAGAGGAGAAGUUAACUUUUCUAACGAUACCCUUUUUAUGUCUCAACUACUCAAAUUGCGCAUAGAGCAGACACUACUAAAAUGAGAGUAUCAAUGAACAUUGAUUCUGGAAAAUGAAAGCUCAGUUUGUCGAGCGUGGCAUUGAUAAUUGGGGCCCAAACGGAAUCCAGGCAACGGAAUUGAACAAUAUAAAUCUUUUCUGAAGAGGCAAUGAGAAUGUCCCUGUUUGUGUGUGUGCGGUGCGCGCGUCUACCACUUUAUGUAGCCGUUAGCGAUGAUGCUAAUGAAAACAGUCGUAGAUGGAAAGGCUUUCCCAAACCUGGCAGAAUAUCAUAAUUAUUUUCAUCAAUCCAUUUGUUUUGCAAACUCUACCAUCAAGUGCGCUACAAAAACACAGCUUAACAACAACCUCUUGCAAGGUGCACACUUGAAUUCAAGGGUAACUACACCCACAAAUCCACAUUUCGCAGAUUUUUCCCAGACCUCAAAAGUUGUCUCUGGAUGUGGUUUAAACAUUUGUGGACUUAGAACAUCUCGUUGUGGACUUCCAACAUCACAUUUGGUUGUUUUCCUAUUAAAAAUGUGAUUUUGAGAGCGAAACCCUAAAACAACUGGGAAAAACUAAAACCUGGAAAAACAAAACCUUUAAUUUAUUUUUCAAGAUAAUGUGGGCUAUUUACCUAAUGUUUUUGUUUGAAUAAAAUACAUAAUAUGAAGAACAAACAUUGUGUCCAUUCCUAUCUUGCAGUAAAACCUUAUCUAAGACUUUUAAUCUCAAGAGAAGACAUGUUAAAGGUUUGUUUUCUAACUUAGAAAAUAGGCCUGAUCAUAUAGGCCUAGACCAAGACAAUAUCCAAAACAAGGCAUUAGAAUGUACCAGAGGCCACCAAAAUAGAGCUCCUUCUGCAAAAAAAUCCUUCGGCCUAGGGGCGCCUGUCUGACUAGUUUUUCUAUUUGGCUGGCUACUCUAUGUACUUGUGGAAAACACUGCUUUCGCUCUCUCUCGCUGUCAUUUGGUCUCUCGCUCUGUCUCACUCUCUCACCCCCAUCACUCCCUGAGGGGAACCUCUAAGUGACAUCUCUGCUCCAUGGCAUUGAGUCACAAACACACUGGAUCAAUGGCUUCUCUUUAACACAAUGACCACAACACCUGUAAAUUGACUGAGGUAUAAAAAUCCAAGCUCUUAUGUUGCCUUCCAAUUUGUACAUUUUAACAUUGACUGUUAAUCAAUCAGUCAACCUUUGUAUGUUUCUGUGUUCCAUAAAUUGAGUUGUUUUUAGGUAAAGUGAGACAAAAAUCUCCCCCUGAACUAUGAUACUACAGUAUAUUUCAAGUUUAUGAAAAACUUUCUUUGUCCUCUCUGAAUCCAGACCCACGUCUUUGGCUUGGGAAGUGCGUAAAAUGUCCCCAGGUCGUCAUGUGAUGCCUAGCCCCUCAUCUGACAGAAUGGUCCCAUCUCCUAGUGCUCGCCGCGCCCUCAACUUUGGGUAAGAUUUCUCCAUCUCAUUUCUGGUUCAGUUGAUAGCCCUAAUCUCCACUGUUUCUGAUCUGAGCUCAAAGUGCUUACCAUCAUGUUAAUUUAAUGACUGACAGUCAUUAUGAACACACAGCAAUCAUCAAAAUCUCUUGUUGUUUUACUCCCCAUCAGCACAUUCUGGGAAGCAGCACAAUCUGUUGCCUCUCAGUAUUGUUCAGCUGCAGCAUGGCUGACAUUACGUGUAAUACGGUCAGCCAUCAUUAGAUGUUUACAGUUCGCGUAAAGGGAACACAAAUGCUAAAACCUCUAACAAAUCAAUGUAAGAUAUGAUGUGUCGACUGGUCUAGGUUGGUAGAGGCUGCUUUGUGAUCUGCUGAUGGUGAGGCAUUUGUUUAAUGUAAUUUGUCGAGUCUCACUGACCUCGCCACAGAAACAGUGGGAGGUGUAGAUAAAAGUGUGGUUAAAGACUGCUGAAUCAUCAGUUCAAUAUGUGCAGUUCCCUGUAAUAGAAUGCUGCAGGAAAUGGGUAUUGAUCAUGAAGGAGGUCUGUUGCCUGAGCCAGCCCUGUAGGACCUGGGAGUGUUGUGUUGAAAAGCCCAGGCUGGAAGAGGCAGAUGGAGCUGCUCACCUUAGGGUCAUCUCUUUUUUGGUUUGAGUAUUUAGUGAUGUCCUCACAGCCAUUGUAGUAUUUCUGUACAGUGAUCGUCUCUGGUUGAAAUGCUUUUGUGUGUGUUGGCAUUGCUCUCUUCUGGUUCUGAUUUAUGUGUUUAUCUCUCCAGUGGUCCUCCACCCACACUGGCGGUAGCUCGUCUGUCUCACACGGGCCCCAGCUGGGCUGACCGGGUCAAGUCCUCCCAGUCCCUCCCUGUCCCCAGCCAGGCCAACACCUGUCCUGUAGAGAAACCAGGUAAGUAGAGCUCCCUCCACCACAUCUAUAGAAUGAACUACAUGAUCCUCAUCAUGUAGUGCACCACUGAUGUCCUUUUGUCGUUAGUGCAUAUCCCUCUGAGUGUGUGUCCCCUUCUGAUUUAACGUCUAUGGGGCAUCAACAUUUGUGUUUUGUUCUCUUCUUAUUUGUGUGUGUCCUUCUGUGUCCAGGUAAGAAGGACUCUGAGGGCUGGGAGACAGUCCAGCGUGGACGUCCUGCUAGGCCUCGCUCUGCCGCCAUCGUAGCCAAGGUCAGUCCAGUCCUGGCCCACAUCAGCCCUAAAGACGACACGAACAAGGAGAACCAGCAGCUCCUUGGCAGGUCCUGUCCCCUGGAUAAAGACAAGGGUCACUGUGAACAGCCAAUCCCUGAGGAGCCCGUCCCCCUUGAGGAGACAGCAGGAGACUCAGAGAAGGGUAACAUGCAGGUACUGAGCGUGACGUCACUCACCCUCCCAGGAGUCCCCAGAUAUCAUUUAUUCAGGAAGACAGGAGACGUGGAGCAGAGUAACUCAAAACCGUUUUAUCAGCCACAUUGUUUUGGUUUUGUGCUCCACAGUAUUCAUAGACAGCCUGUCCAGACGGGGCAUAUCAGUUUUAACACGAUUGAUCGUUCACUGACAUUUCAGAGGCAGAAAGAUGCCAUUUUCACUCUCAUUAAAUAAAUACUAUCUCAAUGCCUCAGAACACACUGGUUAGGGGUGAAUUCUAGGCAUUGCUUGAUUUAGACAGAUUUCAUGUAUUUCCACAUUUAUACUGAACAAAAAUAUAAACGCAACAUUAAACAAUUUCAAUGAUGUUACUGAGUUACAGUUAAUAUAAGGGCAUCAGUCAAUUGAAAUAAAUUAAUUAGGGCCUAAUCUGUGGAUUUCCCAUGACUGGGCAGGGGCGCAGCCAUGUGUUGGCCUGGGAGGGCAUAGUCCCACCCACUUGGGAGCCAGGCCCAGCCAAUCAGAACGAGUUUUUUUUUAAAUGUCAUUUCAUGAAACAUGGGACCAACAUUUCACCAUUUGCGUUUAGAUUUUUGUUCCAUAUAGUUGAUUAUAUCACCUGAUGAGGUUUGGGUGUUUAGGGCAUGUUAGUGCCAACCUCCCUGCAUGAUGUGUGUUUUCAGCUGUGUGUGUUAAUCGUUUUGAUUUGUGUUACUGCUCUCAUGAAAUGCUUGGAAUAUGCAUGUCUUUAAUAUUGUGUGUGUGAUUGUGUCGGUGCAGCCCCCAGCAGACAGUGUGCAAGACUCGGGGCAGUGUGUCGACGCACCCUGUGAGGACGCGCCUCCGCCCAUACCAGCCCCAAUCCCUUCCCUUACCCAAGCCCCAGACCCUACCCCCUCCGCAGCCCUAUCCCUACCAGCCCCAGUCCCUUCCCUAGCCCUCCCUCCGUCCCUAGACACGGCCCAGAUGGAUGGGCCUAGUGCUCUGGGGGACAAGGGGGCUGCCGGGGGCGCGUCACAGGGCACGGCAACAUCUGCUCCAGGACAGGCUGAGACUCCCAUGGCAGCGGUGAAACUGGAGAGUGUGCUGGACCCCACAGAGCUUUCCACUGUGAGUGCUGAGCGAUGGAGGUAGCAGAGGGAGGGGAGGGCUCAGUGGUGGGGGGGGGGUCAGGGAUCCCCUAGGGGCCUUCACCGCCUAAACAAAGUCAAUCUACAGAACCUCCAGCCACAAUGUGAGAUGACUUGCUGCACAGCCCCCUCAAAACAGCCCCGUGCCAGGCAGGACAGUUUACAUGGUGUUAUUGGUGGUGGGCUGUGAGAGGAUGACCAUAUAUAUCCGGUUGUGCGAGCUCUGAAAGCAGUGUCUGUCGUGUUUGUUGCUGGAAGUGGCCAGCCCAGUUGUUAUGCUGUGUUGAGGAAGUGGGCAAUAAUCAAAACUUGACUGUGAUUUGAGCUGAAAUGGUGAGGAAACCUGUGACAGGGUGUCCAGUUCAGAGACAGAUUCAGCCCAAAUGGCCAGGGGUCAUGGCAUGUGUACAAUGACUGUGUCAGUUUGUAUUCUGUAGCUGGUCUCCACUGUGCAUUAGUGAUCAGCAGCCGUCCUGUGUCAGGUUUAUUACUGCCUCUGUAGUCUCUCUGCAGUUAGUCAGGGAUACCCUCCUUCACUAGCAGGGCUACUGUCUGUCAUAGAUACCUCCACAGCACUUUAACCUCUUAUUGAGGGUUUCUCAAUACCUAGAGAUGGAUGUCUUUUAAAUGGUAUACAGGGAAAGUUAUCUAAGCUUAGAUCAAACGCAGGAAGAACUGGUCUUAGUUCUGGACCAUGCCAGACACCUCUCUGGGUGGCUCAGAUAAGCCCAGUGCUGUUUUGACUCCCCUGCAGGCCCCUAGUUAGAGACAAACAGCCUCGGUGGUGAGAGAAACCUCUCCCUCAUUCCCCUUAUUAAGUUAGACUGGAGCUCUGGCCUCUCUGGACUGGAGUGCUGCUAGCUGUCUGUCCUCCCUGAUAGUAAUUUUGGACUAAGGAAAGACUAUUUGUCAAGUUCAUGUCGGAAGUGUAAAGACUAAUAGACAUUGAGACAUUUUGGGCGCCAUCAUCAGGCUAUUUAGACUAAUCUAGUAAGUAUUUAUUCCAACCUGUAUUUCAUUUGUUUUGAACUAAGUCAGUGAAAUGGUCACAUAGUUGUGCCUCCUUCCACCAUCUCUUCAUCCUCACAGUGAACUUGUUCUGCAUGACUCCUGAAUGCUUCCCCAACUGUGAUCUUGUGAUUGGUCAUGUGAUGCAGUUUGCUUUUUGGUUUGAUCUUUUCAGUUUUGACAUUAUGACACAAACUUUUCAAAAUGGUACUCUUAGAGCUAUAUGAAAUGAAGACACAUUCUUGAAAUAAAACUCAGGGAAUGUUUUAAGUUGAUCACACCAAACAUAUUUCAAAAUCUUGGUAAAACCAAUAGACAACAUUCUUGCAUGUUGUCAAACCUGAAUGACUGAGGAAGUUGCUGUAUGUGAGUAUGUGUGUGUGCUGUCUGUCCAGCCACAGUCCAUGGCAGAGGUCCUGGCUAAGAAGGAGGAACUGGCUGACCGCCUGGAGAAGGCCAACGAGGAGGCUAUUGCCAGCGCCAUCGCUGAAGAGGAACAGCUGACCAGAGAGAUCCAGGCUGAGAACAAUGACCUGGAGACUGACAACGAGAGUGACUUCUCUGUAAGACACAUCACACACUCACACUUUUCUUUGGCCAUAUGAAAGUAGUUAGGUAGAAAAUGUGAAGUGGUAGGAUCUCUUUCCCCAGGUCUUGAGGUUUGCUCACCUUGCAAUAUCCUUAUGAUUGUCACUGAUCAUGAACUGAUCAUCUCUCUCUUCCAGGCCAGCAUUGGCAGUGGAGGUGUACUCAACAUGGAUUGGAGUGACAUGUUAGCCGACUACGACGGUAAAUCUCUUUUCAGUUUAUUUGUAAUUAAUCUACACUGUACAAAAAUAUAAAGGCAACAUGUGAAGUGUUGGUCCCAUGUUUCAUGAGCUGAAAUAAAAGAUCCCAGAAAUGUUCCAUAUGCACGAAAAGCUUAUUUUUCUCUGUUUUGUGAGCAUUUCUCCUUUGCCAAGAUAAUCCAUCCACUUGACACGUGUAGCAUAUCAAGAAGCUGAUUAAACAGCGUGAUCAUUACACAGGUGCACCUUGUGCUGGGGGACAAUAAAAGGCCACUCUACAAUGUGCAGUUUUGUCACACAACACAAUGCCACAGAUGUCUCAUGUUUUGAGGGAGUGUGCAAUUGCCAUGCUGACUGUAGGAAUGUCCACCAGAAAUGUUGCCAGAGAAUUGAAUGUUCAUUUCUCUACCAUAAGCCACCUCCAUCGUUUUUGAGAAUUUGGCAGUACAUCCAACCGGCCUCACAACCACAGACCACGCACGUGUAUGGCGUUGUGUGGGCGAGCGGUUUGCUAAUGUCAACAUUGUGAACAGAGUGCCCGAUGGUGGGGUUAUGGUAUAGGCAGGCAUAAGCUACGGACAAUGAACACAAUUGCAUUUUAUCGAUGGCAAUUUGAAUGCACAGAAAUACCGUGACGAGAUCCUGAGGCAUGUCACCCGUUGAGUAUGUUUGGGAUGCUCUGGAUCGACGUUUACGACAGCAACUUCGUACAGCCCUUGAAAAUGAGUGGGGCAACAUUCCACAGGCCACAAUCAACAGCCUGAUCAACUCUAUGUGAAGGAGAUGUGUCGCGCUGCAUGAGGCAAAUUAUGGUAACACCAGAUACUGACUGGUUUUGUGAUCCACGCCCCAACUUUUUUUUUAGGUCUGAAGUUUACAUACACUUAGGUUGGAGUCAUUAAAACUCGUUUUUCAACCACUCCACAAAUCUCUUGUUAACAAACUAUAGUUUUGGCAAGUCGGUUAGGACAUCUACUUUGUGCAUGACACAAGUAAUUUUUCCAACAAUUGUUUACAGACAAAUUAUUUCACUUACAGUUUAAGUCGGAAGUUUACAUACACUUUAGCCAAAUACAUUUAAACUCAGUUUUUCACAAUUCCUGACAUUUAAUCCUAGUAAAAAUUCCCUGUUUUAGGUCAGUUAGGAUCACCACUUUAUUUUAAGAAUGUGAAAUGUCAGAAUAAUAGUAGAGUGUGAUUUAUUUCAGCUUUUAUUUCUUUCAUCACAUUCCCAGUGGGUCAGAAGUUUACAUACACUCAAUUAGUAUUUGGUAGCAUUGCCUUUAAAUUGUUUAACUUGGGUCAAACGUUUCGGGUAGCCUUCCACAAGCUUCCCACAAUAAGUUGGGUGAAUUUUGGCCCAUUCCUCCUGACAGAGCUGAUGUAACUGAGUCAGGUUUGUAGGCCUCCUUGCUAGCACACGUUUUUUCAGUUCUGCCCACAAAUUUUCUAUGGGAUUGAGGUCAGGGCUUUGUGAUGGCCACUCUAAUACCUUGACUUUGUUGUCCUUAAGCCAUUUUGCCACAACUUUGGAAGUAUGCUUGGGGUCAUUGUCCAUUUGGAAGACCCAUUUGCGACCAAGCUUUAACUUCUUGACUGAUGUCUUGAGAUGUUGCUUCAAUAUAUCCACAUAAUUUUCCUUCCUCAUGAUGCCAUCUAUUUUGUGAAGUGCACCAGUCCCUCCUGCAGCUAAGCACCCCCACAGCAUGAUGCUGCCACCCCCGUGCUUCACGGUUGGGAUGGUGUUCUUCGGCUUGCAAGCCACCCCCUUUUUCCUCCAAACAUAACAAUGGUCAUUAUGGCCAAACAGUUCUAUUUUUGUUUCAUCAGACAUGAGGACAUUUCUCCAAAAAGUACCAUCUUUGACCCCAUGUGCAGUUGCAAACUGUAGUCUGGCUUUGUUAUGGCGGUUUUGGAGCAGUGGCUUCUUUCUUGCUGAGCGGCCUUUCAGGUUAUGUUGAUAUAGGAGUCGUUUUGCUGUGGAUAUAGAUACUUUUGUACCUGUUUCCUCCAGCAUCUUCACAAGGUCCUUUGCUGUUGUUCUGGGAUUGAUUAUCACUUUUCGCACCAAAGUACAUUCAUCUCUAGGAGACAGAGCACGUCUCCUUCCUGAGCGGUAUGACGGCUGCGUGGUCCCAUGGUGUUUAUACUUGCGUACUAUUGUUUGUACAGAUGAACGUGGUACCUUCAGGUGUUUGGAAAUUUCUCCCAAGGAUGAAUCAGACUUGUGGAGGUCUACAAUUUUAUUUUCUGAGGUCUUGGCUGAUUUGUUUUGAUUUUCCCAUGAUGUCAAGCAAAGAGGCACUGAGUUUGAAGGUAGGCCUUGAAAUAUAUCCACAGGUACACCUCCAAUUGACUCAAAUUAUGUCAAUUAGCCUAUCAGAAGCUUCUAAAGCCAUGACAUCAUUUUCUGGAAUUUUCCAAGCUGUUUAAAGGCCCAUUCAACUUAAUGUAAACGUCUGACCCACUGGAAUUGUGAUGCAGUGAAUUAUACAGUUGAAGUUGGAAGUUUACAUACACUUAGGUUGGAGUCAUUAAAAUGAAUUUUUCAACCACUCCACACAUUUCUUGUUAACCAACUAUAGUUUUGACAAGUCGGUUAGGACAUCUAGUUUGUGCAUGACACAAGUAAUUUUUCCAACAAUUGUUUACAGACAGAUUAUUUCACUUAUAAUUCACUGUAUCACAAUUCCAGUGGGUCAGACGUUUACAUACACUAAGUUGACUGUGCCUUUAAACAGCUUGGAAAAUUCCAGAAAAUGAUGUCAUGGCUUUAGAAGCUUCUGAUAGGCUAAUUUACAUAAUUUGAGUCAAUUGGAGGUGUACCUGUGGAUAUAUUUCAAGGCCUACCUUCAAACUCAGUGCCUCUUUGCUUGACAUCAUGGGAAAAUUUAAAGAAAUCAGCCAAGACCUCAGAUAAAAAAUUGUAGACCUCCACAAGUCUGGUUCAUCCUUGGGAGCAAUUUCCAAACGCCUGAAGGUACCACCUUCAUCUGUACAAACAAUAGUACGCAAGUAUAAACACCAUGGGACCACGCAGCCGUCAUACCGCUCAGGAAGGAGACGUGCUCUGUCUCCUAGAGAUGAAUGUACUUUGGUGGUCGAAAAGUGAUAAUCAAUCCCAGGACAACAGCAAAGGACCUUGUGAAGAUGCUGGAGGAAAUAGGUACAAAAGUAUCUAUAUCCACAGUAAAACGAGUCCUAUAUCGACAUAACCUGAAAGGCCGCUCAGCAAGGAAGAAGCCACUGCUCCAAAACCGCCAUUAACAAAGCCAGACUACGGUUUGCAACUGCACAUGGGGACAAAGAUCGUACUUUUUGGAGAAAUGUCCUCAUGUCUGAUGAAACAAUAAUAGAACUGUUUGGCCAUAAUGACCAUCGUUAUGUUUGGAGGAAAAAUGGUGUGCUUGCAAGCCGCAGAACACCAUCCCAACCGUGAAGCACGGGGGUGGCAGCAUCAUGCUGUGGGGGUGCUUUGCUGCAGGAGGGACUGGUGCACUUCACAAAAUAGAUGGCAUCAUGAGGAAGGAAAAUGAUGUGGAUAUAUUGAAACAACAUCUCAAGACAUCAGUCAGGAAGUUAAAGCUUGGUCGCAAAUGGGUCUUCCAAAUGGACAAUGACCCCAAGCAUACUUCCAAAGUUGUGGCAAAAUGGCUUAAGGACAACAAAGUCAAGGUAUUGGAGUGGCCAUCACAAAGCCCUAAAUCCUAUAGAAAAUGUGUGGGCAGAACUGAAAAAGCGUGUGCGAGCAAGGAGGCCUACAAACCUGACUCAGUUACACCAUUUCUGUCAGGAGGAAUGGGCCAAAAUUCACCCAACUUAUUGUGGGAAGCUUGUGGAAGACUACCCGAAAUGUUUGACCCAAGUUAAACAAUUUAAAGGCAAUGCUACCGAAUACUAAUUGAGUGUAUGUGAACUUCUGACCCACUGGGAAUGUGAUGAAAGAAAUAAAAGCUGAGAGAAAUAAUUCUCUCUACUAUUAUUCUGUCAUUUCACAUUCUUAGGAUCACCACUUUAUUUUAACUAACCUAAAACAGGGAAUUUUUACUAGGAUUAAAUGUCAGGAAUUGUGAAAACUGAGUUUUUAAAUGUGUUUGGCUAAGGUGUUUGUACAUUUCCGACUUCAACUGUAUCUGUGACCAACAGGUGCACAUCUGUAGUCCCAGUCAUGUGAAAUCCAUAGAUUAGGGCCUAAUGAAUUUAUUUCAAUUGACUGAUUUCCUUAUGAACUGUAACUCAGUAAAAUCUUUGAAGUUGUUGCAUGUUGAGUUUUUUUAAUAUUUUUGUUCAGUGUUUAUAUAAUUAAAUGUGUUGUUGAUGCUCUUGCUAAAGACACAGAUGUGGUCAAUGUCUAGACUCACCUCUCUCUGCAGCGAGGGAGCCCUGGCGUCAGAGCACCUCCUGGGGGGACAUCGUGGAGGAGGAGCCUUCUAGACCCCCUGGUCAUGGAAUCCACAUGCACGAGAAACUGUCCUCACCAUCUCGUAAAAGGUGAGACCCACACACCCUCAUGUCACACGGAAGUUUGUCAGAGAAAAGAUCUUGGUGCAUGUCAAAGUUCACUGCUACUGUGCGUAGGACGAUUGGGGGAGAGGAAAGUUGUUUUUUCUGUCUGUUGGCAGAACCAUUGCAGAGUCUAAGAAGAAACAUGAGGAGAAACAGCUGAAGGCCCAGCAGCUCAGAGACAAACUGCGGGAUGAGAAGACCCACAAGCUGCAGAAGCUCCUGGAGAGGGUGAGUGGCCAUGCAGUGCAGAGCCAACAGGAAACACCACAGCCUCAGUCUGGCCACGGGGAGAGCUUCUGUCAGCACACUGCCAGAUAGAAUCACUAAAUAUCAGAGGCCAGCUCUGUCUCUCUCAGCCCAGCUGGCCACAGACGUGUCUGGGAGAGACGUAGCCCAAACUCAGUCUUUCAUGCCGUUUGUUUUUGUUCUCCAGGCCCUCGUGGGAUGAGUGAGCCCUUGAAUAAUCCUGAGUAUUAACCACAUAAAUACAUGAAGUGGUGUAUAUUCACGUUAAUCCCUGUGGGCAUGGGACAGAGCGGGUGGCAGCAAAUGCUUUGAAUGCAAGACACCAUAAAAAUGUCUACCUUGGUUAGAGAAAUGUACAUGAGUGAAAUGAGCUGACCCAAGCGGUCUGUCCCUCCCUCUCUUUUUUCCCCCUCACAGGAGAAGGAGGUCAGGAAAUGGAAGGAGGAGUUGUUGGACCAGCGGCGGAGGAUGAUGGAGGAGAAGUUACUCCAUGCAGAGUUUAAGCGGGAGCUGCAGCUCCAGGCCAUAGUGAAGAAGGCUCAGGAGGAGGAGGCCAAGGUACAGGACUGACCCCUGGAACACUGCACACCUAGCUACAUGUCCAAGAGUUGAAGAAUUUCCUAAUUAGAUGUCCCUUGUGAUAAGAAUUUUUUGACACUGAGAAUGUUCUUAAAAGCAAAGACAGGACCACUAAAAAAUGCAAUGGCUAACUAGAGUAGAGGCAGACUUAAAACAGUUCUUAUAUUAAUCACUUUGAUAUUUUUUUGUAGCUCAGUGAGUCAGGCUUGUUGACCAGUGGCCUUGUGUCUGACUCUGUACAGGUGAAUGAGAUAGCAUUCAUCAACACUCUGGAGGCCCAGAACAAGAGGCACGACGUUCUGGCCAAGCUGAACGAGUAUGAGCAGCGCCUCAACGAGCUACAGGAGGAGAGAGGCAGGAGACAGGAGGAGAAGCAGGCCAGAGACGAGGCUGUACAGGUAACAAUGGACAGCAGCUCCCUCUUUCUUUCCCCCAGACCUCUCUGCCUUACCCCAGUGUACAGUCCCACUGACUGGCUGUGGUCCCUGUCUGUCUCCACAGGAACGUAAGCGUGCUCUGGAGGCAGAGAGGCAGGCGCGGGUGGAGGAGCUGCUGAUGAGGAGGAAGGAGCAGGAGGCGCGCAUCGAGCAGCAGAAGCAGGAGAAGGAGAGGGCCAGGGAGGACGCUGCACGAGAGAGGGCCAGGUCUGUACCACCUGGCUCACAGUCGGAAUCACCCAUCUUUUUUGGACUGUCAAAUGGUUCCAAUGUGCUUCAUGUGCAAUAUCGGGCUACCUGAUGGGACUUUUGAUAAAUGCUGAAAAUCGCCAAUCCAAAAUAAACUUUCUACCACAGUGACCAUUUUAUUUUUGCGAACACUCUUUGAUUCUGAGUUCGGACAUAUACGUUUGUAUGUGAAUUAUUUCUAAGAUGCAUACUUUCUGUUUUUCGUAAACUAACUUCACUCGAGCAUAAGAGGGAGGCUUGCGCUACAGUGCUGGCACAUGCACAGAUCAAAUACACUGCUGGAACGCCGAUUUUAAACUGUUUACAUGUCAUAAUCAUUUGAAAGAUUGCUCAGAAAACCAGGUGUUUUAAUCGGCGUAUGCUUACUUCGAUUUUGACGUUACAAUUAACAUAAGCAGAGUAAGGUGUAUACAUGACUAACGCCAUACUCGGCCUAUUGCCAUAAUCAGCUUAAUAUUGAAUUAUUAGUGUGCAUGUAAAUGUACUCACUGUUUUUGUUGUCCUCUCCACAGAGACCGAGAGGAGCGUCUGGCUGCCCUCAGUGCUGCUCAACAAGAGGCCAUGGAGGAACUGCAGAAGAAGAUCCAGAUGAAGGUUUGUGAGGCUGCUGCACCUCACUCUUGCCCUCCGUUAAAGAACAUACUAAAGUUUACAUUUCCUACUUGCAGACCAGAUGAAAGUUCCUCUUAAUCUCAUGACCUCUUGGUUGUUCUCCUUCCCAGCACGAUGAAAGCAGUCGCAGGCACAUGGAGCAGAUUGAGCAGAGGAAGGAGAAAGCAGCGGAACUCAGCAGUGGCAGACAUGCCAACACUGACUAUGCCCCUAAACUGACACCGUAUGAGCGCAAGAAACAGUGCUCCUUGUGCAAUGUUGUGGUAUGUACACACAGUCCAAGUCUGAAAUGGUUUUGGGUGAUCUGUUUUUUAACUAGAUGUCUUUCUAUUGUUCUUAGUGUAGAUGCUGAUUUUAUAAUUUGCCCAGUUGUCCUUGGCACAUAUUCCCUCUGACACUAGACAUGCCACUAGACACCAGACGUCUGGUAACAUUAGACAGAUGCUGACAUACUAAGUAGAGAACCAUUUUAGCAUAUACAUUCUAAUUGGCUUGAUCCACUCUCCAGUGAGAAGUUCACCCUUUUCUUAAUUAACUUAAUGCCUUGCAAUAAUUUGUGAGGCUGAUUGGCUUACAUGCUUAACCUAAACUGGAACUGAAGGGGAAAGCAGCAGCAGCUUUGUGGCAGUAGAGCAGCUGCUGAUGCCCCCUCCAUUGUUGUUUGGCAGACUGUAUGCAUAAAAAUGCUGACGAGAAGGUGAUUCAGAGGAUUUUGGGAUAGAAUGUAUUUAAAUGAGAAUUUAACUGCAUUGAUUAAACAUGAACUCUGGGGUGGAGAUUUAUGACUGGGCAUGAUUUUCAAGUGACAGGCAACAAAUCCAUUGGCAGGCACAUUUAUCUGUGACGGACCCGGCCGGCUCUCACUGCAACAAGGUUGAGACACCUUGGAGCGCCAACUAGCAUCAGAUAAAGAGCAGUGUGUGGGUGGUAGAGGGGGGAAUCUUGUUAAAAAUGUCAGAUGACCUUGGCUAGCAUCUGACACCAGAGAUCAUCUAUAGGUCAGCAGCCAGCACUCUAUUUAAUGACAUUAAACAGAGGCCAUCUGUAAUAGGCUUUGUUCCAGUCAUGAGAGGGGAGGAAAACAACACAGCCACAUCAACCACACCUCACGCUGUUUGUGUGAAUUCUUCAUCUUCACACCACUUUUUCCAAUGCUUCUGUCUGUGUAUAGUCCAGUCUUGCCCACAGUUUAAUGUGGUAGUACUGUAUCAGCUAUUCAGUAGUGAUGGAGGAAAAGAUCGACACAGUUACGUAUCGCGAUAUUAUAUUGAUACUUUGACUCCAAGUAUCGAUUUUAGCUAGAUAGCUUUAGCUGGUGCUUGUCGGCUGUACCUGGGCCAAAACUCUGGUAUUUUUCAUCCUAUAGCUUGUUCUGGGCAAUUCUACGGUAACAAAAUUACUCUGAGACUACGAUUUUUCACUUUAAAAUGUAUGCCAAACAAAAAACAUUGACUUCAAAGUUCAACAAACCAUACAACUCUAUGCACAUGACUACCUUGAACAAUUUGCGCAGUAAAUAAAAUUAAACAUUUACUGGAAAAUUGUGCAGAUGCUAAGUUUGGUACGAGUUAUGGUAAAAUCUCCCUCAGUUUUAUUCUGUUACCAAAGUUUGUAUCUGCAGAGUUCUUCCUGUAAAUGUGUUUUUGUAAAAAUAGUCAUUGUGCAUAGAGUUGUAUGGUUUGUUAAACUUUGAAAUCAAUGGUUUUUGUUUUAGUAUACAUUUUGAAGUGAAGAAUCUGCAUAUUUCCGUUAACCUUGGAAUUGCCCUUCUGCAUUUUCUUUUUAAAUAGUGAGCCAACAUGUUUUCAGCACUUAUUUCCAUGACUUUUCUCAUGCGCUCUCUUGUACCUCUGCAGCAACCAUAUAGUGAGCAAUAUGUUUGGAACAUCAAAUCGCAGUAUAAAAUCACAUCGCAUAUAGAAUCUUAAGAGUCGCAUAUCAUAUUGGCACCUAAGUAUCGUGAUAAUAUCGUAUUGUGAGGUCCCUGGCAAAUUUCCAGCCCUACUAUUCAGUGUUGUUUUCCAAACAUGUCACAGUAUAUGGUCACUCUGUGUGAGGAGCUAGAAUGACAGAAGCGACAUUAGUUAAUCAGUUGGUGUGAGGAGUAAUCGUUGACACAGAGUAGAGGGAUGAAACACAAAAUAUUCUGCUUGAUUUAAAAAAGGCAUAGACCAUCCUAGGGCAAUCACGUUGUUGUUAUAUAGGCUACAUUUGUUCACUGUAAAUGUGUUUGUUGUGAUGGAUCAUCCUGAGUGGAUCUGUCAGCCACGAUUUCAUGCUGCAGUCUUUAGUAUGGUCCUGCUGUGCUGUCAGAUAGGAGAAUAUCAUGAAAUACAGCCAUCAAGUCAUUUUCAGUUUAACAAUGCUCUCGUGUCUGUCUGACACAUAUCACAUGCUGAUUGAAGAAACUACGCUGCCACCUUUCUUCUUGACCAUGUCAAUUCAUUCCACUAAAGGCUUGUUGUGUUUAACAUGCACAACAUAUGGAUCUCUAUCUGAAGACUGCAUUUAAGUUCCUGACACCUACUAAAAUAUUAGGUAUCACUAUUUAGUCUGUUUGUGAGUGGAGGAGGAGAGGAAACAGUCUGUGAUCUUAUUGAAAACCAGUUGUAAUGUAUAGUUGCAGUGGCCUCCCAUGGGGGGUGGGGACCCUGUUGACCCCCUCUGUCUCCAUUGUCCUCAGCAGUGACCUCUGACCUGUGUGUUUUUAGAUCACCACGGAGGUGCACCUGUACAGCCACACCAAGGGCAAGAGGCACCAGCAGGCCGUGAGAGACAGCAGCAGCAUCCAGGGACGGGAUCUCUCCGACGAGGAAGUGGUGUGUACCCCCAAGCACUUGUGAAAAAUGUGAAUUUUCCAGUGUUUUUAUAUACACUGCUCAAAAAAAUAAAGGGAACACUAAAAUAACACAUCCUAGAUCUGAAUGAAUGAAAUAAUCUUAUUAAAUACUUUUGUCUUUACAUAGUUGUAAAUGUGCUGACAACAAAAUCACAUAAAAAAUAUCAAUGGAAAUCAAAUGUAUCAACCCAUGGAGGUCUGGAUUUGGAGUCACCCUCAAAAUUAAAGUGGAAAACCAUACUACAGGCUGAACCAACUUUGAUGUAAUGUCCUUAAAACGAGUCAAAAUGAGGCUCAGUAGUGUUUGUGGCCUCCACGUGCCUGUAUGACCUCCCUACAACGCCUGGGCAUGCUCCUGAUGAGGUGGCGGAUGGUCUCCUGAGGGAUCUCCUCCCAGACCUGGACUAAAGCAUCCGCCAACUCCUGGACAGUCUGUGGUGCAACGUGGCGUUGGUGGAUGGAGCGAGACAUGAUGUCCCAGAUGUGCUCAAUUGGAUUCAGGUCUGGGGAACGGCCGCCCGUUCCCCAGACCUGAAUCCAAUUGAGCACAUCUGGGACAUCAUGUCCAUAGCAUCAAUGCCUUCCUCUUGCAGGAACUGCUGACACACUCCAGCCACAUGAGGUCUAGCAUUGUCUUGCAUUAGGAGGAACCCAGGGCCAACCGCACCAGCAUAUGGUCUCACAAGGGGUCUGAGGAUCUCAUCUCGGUACCUAAUGGCAGUCAGGCUACCUCUGGCGAGCACAUGGAGGGCUGUGCGGCCCCCCAAAGAAAUGCCACCCUACACCAUGACUGACCCACCGCCAAACCGGCCAUGCUGGAGGAUGUUGCAGGCAGCAGAACGUUCUCCACGGCGUCUCCAGACUCCGUCACGUCUGUCACACGUGCUCAGUGUGAACCUGCUUUCAUCAGUGAAGAGCACAGGGCGCCAGUGGCGAAUUUGCCAAUCUUGGUGUUCUCUGGCAAAUGCCAAACGUCCUGCACAGUGUUGGGCUGUAAGCACAACCCCCACCUGUGGACGUCGGGCCCUCAUACCACCCUCAUGGAGUCUGUUUCUGACCGUUUGAGCAGACACAUGCACAUUUGUGGCCUGCUGGAGGUCAUUUUGCAGGGCUCUGGCAGUGCUCCUCCUCCUUGCACAAAGGCAGAGGUAGCAGUCCUGCUGCUGGGUUGUUGCCCUCCUACGGCCUCCUCCACGUCUCCUGAUGUACUGGCCUGUCUCCUGGUAGCGCCUCCAUGCUCUGGACACUACGCGGACAGACACAGCAAACCUUCUUGCCACAGCUCGCAUUGAUGUGCCAUCCUGGAUGAGCUGCACUACCUGAGCCACUUGUGUGGGUUGUAGACUCCGUCUCAUGCUACCACUAGAGUGAAAGCACCACCAGCAUUCAAAAGUGACCAAAACAUUAGCCAGGAAGCAUAGGAAUUGAGAAGUGGUCUAUGGUCACCACAUGCAAAACCAGUCCUUUAUUGGGGGUGUCUUGCUAAUUGCCUAUAAUUCCACCUGUUGUCUAUUCCAUUUGCACAACAGCAUGUGACAUUUAUUGUCAAUCAGUGUUGCUUCCUAAGUGGACAGUUUGAUUUCACAGAAGUGUGAUUGACUUGGAGUUACAUUGUGUUGUUUAAGUGUUCCCUUUAUUUUUUUGAGCAGUGUAUAUUUCCACGCUGAGGUUGAAAUAAUACUGUGAAAUUGUGGAAAUUCGGAUAAUGCCCUUUUUAGUGUAAGAGCUGUUUGAAAAGACUGCCUGAAAUUUCUGCCUGUUUUGGUGGGAUGGUGUUUUUGCCUGCCUGGUGACAUCACCAGGUGGUGAAUUGGUUAAUAGACCAAUAAGAAAGAGUUCCAAACCUAUCUGCCAAUAACUGCUAGUUUUCAGUUUUCCCCUCCCCACCCAGACAGUCCAAGCAACAUUUUUGUUUGAGAAAUAGCUUUUUGCUAAGAAGCUAUUUUUGACAAUUUUGAUUGAAAACAUUCACAGUAAGGUACUUCAUUGUUACCCAGAAAUUAUUUAAUAUUGAGAUAAAAAUGGCUUCAUUUAUCCUUUUUUAAAGGUCUUACCUCAGAUAUAUAGAUCCACCAUCCCAACAAAAGAAUACCUCUCAGACAUUGUCUGUGAUAUUAAAUUAAGGUUAUUGUUGUUUAUGACAAGCUCAGUAUUAUUGUUUGAAUCCCAUCAUAUAAUGUUAGGCUCUCUCGCUGGCUUUGUGAGAUUAUAAAUGGGCCCUGAAAUGUAAACAGUUAGGGUUCAGUGACAUCACCCCCUUGUCUACAGGCCAUUCUGUUACAGAGCACUUUUUUCAUGGGAAGGCUGCUUGUUAAAGGAAGGGGGCUUCUCAUCCUGCUCUGCAAUAUGACAUUUCCUUUUCAGCAUGCUGCUCUUUGUGAGGCUGACAACUGUUGGUGCUAUAUGCAAAACCUGUGGCCCCAGCAGCUCCUUCAUUCAAACCUGUUCUCACUGACUGAUCAUUAAUCCCACCACCUUCCACUCUAAAUCAUUUGCUUUCCAACUGAUGCCCAUUUCUCUUUUUGACAGUAUGAUAAACAAGGCAUUGGCAAUGAAGGCAUGCAACUUUCCAAUACAGUACUGUGGCCACAGCCAGUAUCACACUACCUCUUCAGACUGCCUUUAAACCAUGCAAUGUAGGCUAUGCUUUACAAUAGUAGUGGCUGGCGGGGUAUGGAAUGGCUUCGCUAACGGGUCCAAACGAUUGCAAAAUAUGUACUAUGGAUCAUCAUCAUGGUGUUCCCUGUGUAAUAAUAGCUAUUUGUUGUAAUGGGAUGAGACAAGACAACUGUACUGGACAUGCUCGUAGCAUUUACUACACUGUUUCAAUUAUGGGCUAUUUAGCCCUGAUUUUGUUCCACGUUUUCAUUCAGCUUUUGAGGGAAAUCAAGCAGCCGUUAGAGAAAUGUCCUGGGAUUUUGUUUAGAUAGACUAUGCUGGCCUUUCUUUAUUUAUGUCCUGCUCAUUUUGGUGUGCAAUAUUUCAUUCAUGCAACUGCCAACUAUUUUUCAGCUGCUGGUUCCAUAACUCUUGCUGGAAUGAAAGAUUUUUAAUUAAAAUUAAGAUGGUUGGCUGAACUGUACAGAGGUCACUACAUAGUUCUUCAGUGGAAGCGGGCGGCAGAUGCCCCAAGGCUUCAUAUUUAGUCAUUUCCUCUCGUUUUUUGAAGGACUUGCGAAUUAAAUAGAAGAUACAAUGAUUAUCAACAGGGCUGGAUCGAUGUGCAGAGAGAACGGCUGGGAUUGCAAUCACUCUCUUUACUUACUUAUUAGUUGUCAAAUGUCCUGUUUUAUUGAUAUACGCAAUGUCCAGGGCCCCUCGGGUUGGACAUAUUGGAUUUAUUUAUUGGUCACCCUUGACACAGCAGCACAAAAACACCAGUGACCUCUCCAAGGGGAUACUCAUCCCUUCCCAGACAGCUCCUGCACCCUCAGCUGGGCCUCUGAGAGUGGGGCUGUGGGACUGGACUGGGCCAAAAGAGGGAUCACUAGGCUGUGAUGGACUCAGGCUUCUGAGUAUGAGAGUUGACCUCCUGGAGCCAGCAGUAAAUGAGGAGGGUGUUGAUGAUGAAUCUCCUCUGGUGGCCAGAGACCCCUGUUGA